AUGGAAGAAGGGCCACCACCGAUCAACCAUGUCCUCCGACCCCACCACAUCGACCUCGUCGCCAUCAUGUUGCUUGUAUUCAAAGAAUUCACUACAGAGAAUCUUCCUCCGCCUUUCUUGCUACAUGUCUACAGGCUUCUUCUACACGAAGUUGCAGAGCUUCGUCGCUCGUUAUUUGGUUAUUUCUGCCGUCGAUGCUUCGUCAGUUUCCUCAAAUUGUCAUAUUUCGGUAUCGGAAAACUACAUGAAGACUAUCAAGCUUGGUGUGCCGGUGAUCGCCAGGCAGGAUACGCAGCCGUCGAGAAAGAUCCACUAAGCACUGAUAUGUUAAUUUUCAAAACGCAGUCUGAUACAAAGACUUGGGCUCAGCCAGAACCUUUCGCAAACUGGGAAAAUGGACUUUCUGCCGGAGACGACAUCGCAGCCGCCGAGAACUUACGUAGAUAUUUUGAACAGCAUUUCCACGAAAAUAAUGAUUCCAUGUUACAUCGAUUGCCAGAGCCCUCCGAAAUGCCGACCUUGAACGAAAUCCAGCCCGACCUUCAUCCGCUUGAAAUUCUGUUUGACAUAAGCAAGCUUUUAGACCCGAGAAGUGGGCAGCCACUUACUGCUUGCUUUGAAAAAUUGGUACAAGCGAGUGGUCUAUACGAUCAUUGGAUCGAAACAGGUCGAGCAUCAUAUAACGAUAAGGAAAAAAUGGGAAUACAUGCUAUGGAGGCUGUUCUGUGGACUACAAUUGGCUGCGUCGGAGUGGCCGAAAUGGAAGAAGAUUAUGUGCUGGCAUUCACAGUAUCUGGUACCAACGACCCUAAUAGACUCAAUGUCAUUCUCAACCGUGCAUAUAGGCUCGCUCGCUCGGGAGACUAUGAUCAGGCUUUGGGUAUGUUGAUCGAUCCAGAUGUUUGGUGGGGUCUUUCGAUGGACUCGUAUGCUCUGUGGACCGACCAAAUAUGGCAUAUCUUAGCUCUCAGGACUAGCCGACGGUUUCAACAUGGUCAGGUCGCGUCAGCAAUAGAGCCUCUUCUGACAUCAUUGUGGAAUUCUGAGUUUCAGGGUCGAUUCCCCUUAUAUAGGCUAUCGAUCAUCUUACUGGCAGAUGUAGGUUUAGAGCUUGGUCAGACCAAGAGAUGUCGCCAGAUUUUAGAGGAAAUAUUACCCCAGGUGAUCUCUGGAAACGAACUUGAACACCGUGCCCUAGCUUGUUUUACUCUAGCUAAAUGCAUUAUUGCAUGCAGCGAGAUGAGUGGUACGUGUAGCUUAUGUCGGCCCAGUGACCAUCCUUUCACGUGUGCUAAUUUCUCUAUUGCGGAAACAGCGGACGGACUCCGCGAAGCUUUGCCUCACCUACUGAUGGCCGAGGCCGAUUACGCCUCGAUGCAAAUUUUGCGACCGUUAAUGGAUGUUCAGUAUCUUCUUUCGGUUGUGUAUCAUAAUUUAGAUAUGCAGAAAGAGCAAGACGAAGCAGCAGCACGACAUUUGUCGACAAAAAAUAUCCUUGGUGCUUUUGAGGAAGCCGUAGUUGACGAUGAGGCUAUGGAUGGUCCUCCACCUCAGGAAGAGGACUUUUCCUCCAUCCCAGUCGCAGACAGGCUUGCCCACAAGAACUGGAAAGCCCGCGUUAAUGCUUAUGAAUCUUUAAUCAAGACCUUUCAAACGACAGCUUCCGAUUCUGACCCUGCAUUCAAGCCCUAUAUCAACAAUCCCGAUCUCCUCAAGAAAAUAAUAACAGAUACGAACGCUGUUGCGCAAGAGAAAGGUGUGGAAUGUGUGGUCGCUCUGGUAAAGUUUGCGGGAGAGAAUGCUGCCAAAACUAGAGAAGUAGUGGUGCCAGCUCUAGUAGAUAAAUGCCUAGGGUCAACGAGGGCCGGAACCAAGAACCAAGCUGUGGAGCUGGCAUUACAGUACGUUGAAGUAGAGAAUACAGGUGCAGCGGUUGCGGCGGACAUCCUCCCUGGCUUGAAUGCUAAACAGCCCAAGGCGGUUGCGGCAUGUGUUUUAGCAAUCAAAGAAAUCAUCCGAAAUUUCGGAACACAUGUUACGCCGCCAGGUCCAGUGCUGAAAGCGUUACCAAAGAUAUUCUCGCACGCGGACAAGACAGUUCGUGCUGAAGGGACCCAGCUUAUACACGUAUUUUAUCAAUACAUUGGGGCAGGAAUAGAACCAUUUUUGGCGGACCUUAAACCCGUUCAGGUUAAGGAGUUGCAGGAAGCAUUCGAUGGUAUGGAGAAGGAAGGCAAAGGCAAAGGAAGUUUGAAGCCAGCCAGACUCACUAGGCAACAAGCUCGAGAUGCGGAAAGUGGUGAUACCGCGGAGCAAGAAGCGGAAGGUGAAGAUGAAGAAGACAUUUUGGACCCGCGCGCAUUGGCUGAACCAGUUGACAUUGUCCCGAAGUUUCCUUCUAACCUUAGCGCCAAUUUGACGUCGUCUAAGUGGAAAGAGCGCAAGGAGGUAUUAGACGAGCUGCUCACAUUGGUUAAGGGGACCCCUCGUAUCAAAGACUCCUCGGAAUUGACAGACCUCUCAAAAUCACUAGCGGUUUGCAUACAGAAAGAUGCUAACAUCAAUUGCGUCAUAGUCGCAGCAGGAUGCUUAGAAGGGCUUGCAAAGGGUAUGAUGAAAUCGUUUGCAAGGAUGAGGGAGAUGGUGGUACCCCUAAUGUUGGAGCGCCUUAAAGAGCGUAAAGCAAACGUGACGGAUGCCAUAGGUGCUGCUCUGGAUGCUGUUUUUUACACUACGACGCUCCCCGAUAUAAUACCAGACUUACUCCCAGCGAUGGGAAACAAGAACCCUCAAGUCAAAGAAGGCACACUCAAAUUCCUUGCCAGAUCUCUUUCGACAUCUACAACACCUGUACAACCUGCUCAGAUUAAGGUACUUGCGGACCCUCUCGCCACACUGUUAGAAGAUGGGUUUGAAGGUGCCCGCAAUGAAGCUGCGGUCUGUCUAGGUACUUUAAUGAAGAUGGUGGGUGAGAGACCCCUGAAUGCCUUGAUGGAUGGAUUGGCGGACGUGAGGAAGGUAAAGGUGAAGGAAGCUUAUGAGAAGGCUACUGUGAAAUGCAAGGCAGGAGCUGCAGCACCCCCGAAACCACCUCCUGCAGCAAAAGAAGUUCCCAAGAAGAAGGUUGCUGCGCCUAAAGGUGGGGGUACAGCAGCGCCAAAAGCUCCUGUUGCAGAGGUCGCCGAUGAGCUGCCCAAAAAACCUGUAGCAAAACCUCCCGCAAGGCUUACGGUAUCGGCCGAUUCGCCAGGUGCCCCUCCAGCUGCCUCAAAAAAACCCGUCGCUGCUGCUGCUGCUGCUGCCGCGGCCAAGCCAUUAAAAGGCGGAGCACCUCCGCCACCUGGUGCACUAGAUACAUUCAAAUACAAACACACUCCGGAAGAUGCGGAAGGCCUUGCUGCAGACCUCAUACCGUCGAGUAUCAUGUCGGGUUUUGGUGAUUCUAAUUGGAAAACGAGGCUGGCAGCUUGUGAGGAGAUGACAACAUGGGUCCAAGAGAAUGUUGAUGAAGUCGAUGCAGAAGUUGUUGUUCGUGCCAUCGCCAAGAAGGGAUGGUCUGAAAAGAACUUCCAGGUGUCAUCCAAAAUAUAUGGAAUAUUCAGCAUCCUCGCCGAACAAUGUCCUUCCUUUGGAAGGUCUUGUGUUGCGCUUUGUACUGGUCAUCUCAGCGAGAAACUUGGCGAUAUGAAGCUGAAAAAACCCGCUGGGGAUACUUUGAUAGCAUUUGCUGAGAAGACAUCCUUACAAUUUGUUCUCAACCAAGCGUAUGAUCCACUUUCGAAGCAGAAAGCCCCAAAAGUCCUGGCAGAUGCGCUAACUUGGAUAGAUACCGCAAUAGUAGAAUUUGGAAUCGCCGGAUUGUCGCUGCGAAGUCUCAUUGAAUUUUUGAAAUCAGCGUUGAAGAACUCGAAUGCAGCAGUGCGAUCUAGUGCUACAAAGCUAUUGGUGACGGUGAAACUCUUUGCUGGGUCAAAUAUCAAGGACUUCCUGGAAGAUCUCAACCCACAGCUUCUCGCGACGAUACAGAAUGACUUUGACAAAGUGGAGGGUACUCCUGCGCCAGAACCUAGUCGGACUUCGGCUGAUUUGGCAAACAUGGCUGCCCCUGCGGGAGGCGCAUCUGGCAAAGCGGCAGCUGUGGACGCUAUGGAUGAUUUGUACCCGAGGGUGGAAAUUGAUGUACUACUCAAGGGUACGACUAUACUAGCGGACGCAAAAAGCGACGCUUGGAAGACCAAAAAAGAAGCUUUGGAGACUUUGCAAGCCAUUUUAGACCAAGGAGCAAAUAAGAGGCUUAAGCCUUCUAUGGGUGAAAUCGCACAAGUUUUGAAGGCUCGGGUCACUGACACAAACAAAUCUGUUCAAAGUCUUGCUCUGGACAUCGUCUCCCGUAUAGCUACAGGUAUGGGUAAACCAUUCGAGAAACAAACUCGAUUCUUUGCUCUUCCUGUGGCUACCGUUUUGGCGGAUCAGAAGGCCCCAAUCCGUGCUGCAGCUCUACAAACUCUCACAGCUAUUGCAACGGCUUGUGAAGGUCUUGACUCAAUGGCCCACGGUUUGGCCACUGCUUUGGAAUCAACGAAUCCCACACAAAAAGCAUCAUUGCUAGGGUGGAUGGCAGAUUAUUUCAAGGAAUACGAAGCUCAGCCAACUUGGGACUUAAGUAGUUGGGCCGCGCCAGUGGUCACCUGUCUAGAUGAUCGCAAUGCUGAUAUUCGGAAAAACGCCCAGGCGGUGUUAGCUCCCCUUAUAAUAUGCGCCGGCUUUGAUUAUGUCAUGCAACAGACUAACUCGCUGAAGCCAGCAUCCAGAAAUACUGCUAUCCCUCUUAUCCAGGCAGCUCGCGGCAGUGCAGCUGCCGCCGCACCUGCCCCAUCAAAAUCGAAACCUGCCCCAGUUGCAGUCUCUAUACCUGCAACGAGCCCCCCACCUACUUCUCCGACAGCAACCGUGGGCCCUAGGUCAGCUAUCCCAAGUAAAUUGACUGGUGUUCGCAGGAAACUGCCUCAGGGCACUGUCUCCAGACCCGAAUCGAGAACAGAGUCGGUAGAUGAAGCAUCCGCCUCACGUUUGCCCAGCAAAGCUGGUGCAGGAAAUAUGAAACGCCCUGGUAUAUCGAUGGCUAGCGUGAGGGCAGCUCCCCCCUCUUCGACGACCCCUGUUGCCGCUAGCUCUUUGCCAUUCUCCAGUAGGAAUCCUGAUGCGAAAAGGGCGAGGUUGGCGAAAGAUGCUCAGCGCUGGGUGAACGAAGCUGGACCGACAAGGAAGGACCUAGCCGAGCUCCUCAAGCAUCAAAUGGAACCUCACGCCUCAAAGGACCUUGUUGAGAGCCUUUUCAGUCACGACCACAAUGCCGUUAACGACCAUGUCUCCGGAUUGUCAACUAUGUGCGACUUCUUUUCUGCUGCUGAGACUGGAGAUGAGAAAUUUGGAGUUCCUAUCGAUGACCUGAGAGCCAUCGGCAUAGCGAAUUCUGACCUUGCUCUUAAAUAUGUGUCUAUAAAGAUCCACGAACCUCAGUCCAAUCUGAUAUCCAGAUGCCUUGAUACCGUCGAUGCCGUUUUAUCAUUCCUUCGCAGUGUUGACAGCCAAAUCACUGAUCCUGAAGCUUUGUGCUUUAUCCCGACUUUGGUCUACAAGCUUGGCGACGCUCGGGAACCUGUUCGUGUGCGAGUACAGCAGAUUACACAGACGCUUCCCAAGGUGUAUGCGUACAGUAGGAUAUUUGAGUUGCUGCUUGAGCAUGGUUUGAAGUCAAAGGUGGCGAAGACUCGUCAGGGAACUUUGGAUGAACUAGGGAGCCUCCUGAAACGAUUCGGAAUGGGAGCAUGCCAACCUAGCAAGGCAUUCCCCGUAAUUGCAACCAUGAUUGCUGAUAAGGACUCGCAAGUACGAAGAUCGGCACUAUCCGCACUGGGUGAAGGUUAUUCUUUGGUUGGUGAAAAAGUGUGGUCACUCGUUGGGCCCUUGUCGCCGAAGGACAAAACACAGCUGGAAGAACGUCUGCGUCGUGUAGCGGGGCCUAGUACUCCGGGUAAAGCGGAAAAUAUCCCUGCUCGCCCGGGUUCUCCAUCGACUAUGUCCAGGGUUGGAGGAAUACCCCGACCUGCUAGCCCCUCCGUUUCAACGCUUUCGAGGCUUGCUCGCCCAGGCUCUCCUGCAAGAACUGUGAGAUCUGCAUCCCCAACGCCGGCUAAUACAAUUCGUUCAGCAUCUCCUUCACGAACCAUCAAGGUGCCUACUCAAUCCACUAUCCCUGGUCCUUCUUCCCCCCCAGGAGUAGGUCGACCCAAGAGUAUGAUGCCUUCUCGGUUAGGUCCUCCGAGGACUCGCCCAAACUUUUCUGCGGCGUUAGCAAAUCCCCCGCCCCCUGUUGAGAUGCACUCGGAACCCUCAGCCCCUGUGCUUCGCACAAACGGCCACGCCACUUCUUAUUCGCCCGCCCUGCCCGUUACAGAAUCCAUGGAUGAUGUCGAAACACUUGUAGACGCUGCACCACCUUACAACGCACCAAACGACAUCACGGUCACCAUCUCAAGCAUCCUAAGUAGCGAUCCCCUUCGAAGUGUCGAAGCACUCAAAAAAAUCCAGAAGAUCCUGGUCGUCAAACCUCAAGAUGGACCAUCACUCCCGGAAUAUCGUGAUUUGGCGGAGCAUACUGAAGGCUUGAUAGAGACCAUCACUCUGCAAAUGGCUCAUAUAUUUGAUCGACCCGACGAACUCGUAGCGGACGAUAAUUUCAGGCUCGCAAAGCAUCUCAUACAGACCCUGAAUACUUUCUGUGACCACGCGUUCCUUGCAGAGUCUUUGACGGUUGACAUUCUUACAUCAUUGUUAGAGGAGCUUACUCUACGGCUCCUCGAGACGGAUGAAAGCCAGGUCGCGAAAGUUAAGGAUCUCUCUCGAUUUAUCAAUAUGAUUAUCCUACGGUUAUUUGCAACGGGUCGAAGAAUGUCUAUUUUCCGUGCUCUAUUCGCUCUAUUGCUCCAAAUCGUGAAGCCUUUCCCAGCGAAUAAUGCAACCCCAGAAUCGAAAGAAUCGAAGGUUGCUGAGCUGGUGCUCAAAUGUGUAUGGAAACUUGCGAGAAAUAUCCCUCAGGACUUGAAGGAAGAUAAACUGGACCCCGUUGAAUUAUUCCCUGCUGUGGAACACUUCCUACAGUCGAUUCCUCCGAAUGAGUGGCGAGCCCGGGCUACAAAUAAGGUUCCCUGUGGAGACAUGCCUUUAAGGACCAUCAAAGUCAUCAUACAGCAUGUUGUUGCACACCAUGGCGACGAAGUGUAUGAUCUUCUCUCUGCAUCUUUUGAUGAUCCUUCUGCAACGAUAGUAUAUCCUUAUGUGUAUCGGAUUUUAAAUUCUUCUGCUCGAGCGCCAGUUGAACAGGUUGUUCGGUUGAACGAAGCUGUUCAUGAGCAGGUUGGUCGGCCGUGUUCGCCAGCUUCCAGUCGACCAAUAUCUCCGCACGGCACAUCUUCGUCUGUGACUUCUGCCAAUCAUCGACAUUCCACGCCUAGUCAUCGGACAAGUCCCAGUACAUCGUCUCUCAAUGGUAACGGAUAUUCACCUGCUGUGGAGGAACCUGAUCCAGAGGCACAAUUACUCACAAUCAUCAAUCAUAUCUCAAGUGAGACGACUGGAGCGUUACACAAGGAAGGCAUUACCGAAUUGCACCAUUUCCUCAAGAAUUAUCCUCACAAGCGUCCUCGCGUCGAAAAACUACUAGAAUCAACGGGGGCUGCAUUCCGCAAGUACAUCAAUCGUGCUCUCGCAAGUAGGGCCGCUGAGGAUCUAGAGAGAAAUGUAGCAGUUGCCGACACGCUAUCGAAACUAGAGUCGAACGCGCGAGAUGAAAUGCCGAGUUCGCCUGUGAACAGAGUGGAGGCGUCUCCUCGAUCGUCACAGCAUGUCGAGGUACCGGUUAACGAUAGGUUGCACGAACUCCAUGGUAUCUUCCGCUACAACCGUGCCAGUACCACCAGCAAUGGUUCCUCACAGGGUGCGAGGCCACGAGUUUCGGAGGGGUAG